AUGAAUCUGUCAGGACUUGGUGAGGAUGCAAGCCGACAAACAGCAGCAGCAAAGAGAAAGGCUGAAGAAGUGCAGAAUAAUCAUAGUGAAGGUGGAGAGCUUUUUGAUCUUAAUUCUUUACCACCAGGAUAUAGAUUUAAUCCCACAGAUGCAGAGAUAAUAGUUUCCUACUUGAGGAAGAAGAUUGAUCAUCAGUCAUUGCCACCCAACAAGAUAAUAGAAGCCGAUCUUUAUGCUUAUGAUCCUAAUGAACUUGCAGCAAGAUACGAGCCAUCCGGAAAUGAUGAAUGGUUCUAUUUCACUCCAAGGGAUAGGAAAUAUCCGAAUGGGCAACGUCCCAAGAGGUCAGUCGGAGGAGAUGGAUACUGGAAGGCUACCGGAGCUGAUAAAGAGAUCAUAUUUGAGGAUCGAACGGUGGGGUACCGGAAGCCUUUAGUCUUUCACCGAGGAAGCUUUCAAAACGGAGUCAAAACCAACUGGAUCAUGCAUGAAUUCAGAGUUGCUAAACCUCCAGAGCCUCCAAGAAGAAGUGGUGUCAAUCAUAUGAGGUUGGAUGACUGUGUUCUAUGCAGAGUCUAUAGGAAAGACAACAGGAUCUACAAAAGAUCACGGCAUGAGUCUAGGCUUGAUGAAUCAGGCCCAUCAAGCUCUAAGAUUCCGAUCCUUAACCCUAAUCCUAAUGAGGCCAAUAAUCGAUAUAAUAACAUCCAAAUGCCUCUCCAAACCCAACAGCCACAACCUAUAACUGAAAUAUUGCAAACUCCUCAAGAACAUGAUCAUUUUGCUCUGCAAAGCAACACCCAAUUCUCCAUCGUGGAACCUAGUGUCUUCAUGCCACCGCCCACUCCUCAUCAGUCUAUACACUGUAAUGGGAAUGAAUUUGGAGGUCAAGGUCUAGAUAACUUCGAUAUAAUGAAUGGUGCCUUUGGCAGCAGCUUUGAUGGAACGAAUAAUAUUGAUUUUUGCAACAUCCCUGACUGGGAUGCGACUUUUGAUUUUGGCGACUUGGAUCCGACUUUUGAUUUUGGCAACGUCCCUGGGUUCGAUUCAACUGAUUAUGGAAACUCGGCUUCAUAUCCGAUGAAUGAUUAUGGCAACGAUGCUGCACCGGCGUCUUCCAAUAUGAAUGGCAACUAA